AUGACUCAGUCAGAAUCUUUAGUAAUAGUGCUUCCAGUCACCCAGCUAAAGAAAUCAUCACCAAACACAAUCUAUAGUCUAUUCUCGAUCGUGAAUAAAGGGUAUGAAAAACCUACGAAUGAAUACAAAAUUGUUUUAAAUAAAAGAAUAGAAUCUCCUGAUUUAUUUUUUGAGGAUUUAGGAUUUUCCAAAUGCCACGAAAGGGCUUUUUUUUACGUCUUGGUAGACUCCAGUUUACUAAACAAUCCCCAAUUUGCUUCGUCGUUUAAGAAAGUUCAAGCAACCUCAAAUUAUUUUGAAUACUCAUAUACAGACAAUGAGCAGUCUCUGAAUUUUGGUUUUCCAUUUGACCAGGUGCUUGCAACCGUUGGGUAUAAACCAAUAUCUAACGGUAGCUUUGAAAUAACUGGUUAUACGUCUUUCGGUAAAGGCUGUGGGGUAGAACUUUUCAACAAAUCUUUAUUUCAUCUCACUACACAAGUUAAUGUAACAACUUUAAUAGCAAUGGUUAUUGUAGAACAUAACUUAGUUGGGUACUAUGAGAAAAAAUUAGGUUUCACAGAAAUAGAACGCAUAAUAGUUAAAAAAACUGACCCCAAAUCAUCCGGUUUUCAAGGUAAUUUUAAAUGUGCCAAAGACAUUCACAUAUCUCAUCUUCAGAAGGCUAUUUAA